AUGGCAAGUUCCAGUAACCCCAUUCCGGCCAUUGCUUCCAAUUCCGACCAAUACAAUUUCGCCAAAACUCAAGCUUUUUCUCUCCCAAUGGAUGAAUUAAUAAGAUUGAGAGAUGUAGUUCAGGGUGAGAUAAACAAGCGUGCAAGUGAAGAGGCUCACCAAUUGAGGGAAGAGGAGGAGAGAAAGAGGAGGGAAGAAGAGAAAAUUGAUUCACUUUUUGCUGCAUGGGUACCAAAACAUUAUGCAAGAUAUGAUUGGAAGGAUAAAGAGAGGGCUGAGAGGCAUCAGAAAGGUCCAAAAUAUGGCAGUGCCACAGAGAGUGAUUCCGAAGCAGGUCUUGAUGCAGGUUUUGAGUAUCCAGUUGAAGAGGUGAGCACCAGUGAGGAAGGUUCAGAUGCUGCUGAAGAGAAAAGGAAUAUGGAAAGGUAUCUUGAUUGGAAACUGAAGGCGAAAAUGUCAACUCCCAACGACAGCGAUUACGAUUAUAGCUAUUCCUCUUCUUCCUCCAGCUCCUCUGACGAGGAUUCCAAAUCCUCUUCUGAAGAUGAUGAAGCAGAGAAUCGUCAGCACAGAAAGGAUCGAAUUCGGCGUCGAAUACAAGCGGCUGAGGAGAGACGUCAAUUCCUUGAUGGGGUACCCUCUGACUCUGAUGCUGAUGCUUCUGAAGAAGAAACUGCGUGGGUGUUUACAGAGCGUAAGAUCAAGCCUGGCCGAUAUGAAAGAGAGUUCCGGAAGACUAUGAAGCAAAUUGAAGCUGAAGCUGAAGCAGAAGAGGACUCGGACUCAGACGAUCCUGAUACCUAUCCAGACUUUAUCGAUGAUGCUGAUUCCUACGAAGAGGACGACAGUGAUGACAAAUCUGAUAACUCGGAUGAUGAGAAUGACAGUGAUGACGAAUCCGAUAAUCCGGAUGAGUCUGACGAGUAUCUUUACUUCCAUCUUCUUUUCUUUCUUAAACAUUUGAAUUAUAACCAGAAGGAUCAUUCUUCUCAUAAUUCGAGGCCCAAGCGGACCGUUAGAGCUCCUACGCGGUACAGGUCGGCUCAUGCUGAGUCCGGAUCAUCUGCGAAUGUUCGUGUCGCCAUCAAUGCUAGAAGGAGAAGGAGUGAAAAUUCUGUGACCGUGGUUGAGGUUGAAGACAACAGCAACCGAGUUGGUGAAGACUUUGCAGAAUCCGUGGAGGUUGAAGAUAGAGUUCAUGCUCGAUGGCUUCGUCGUCGGCUCGAGAUAAUCAAGAUUCAUAAGGCGACGGAGGCUGCUGAUGCGAUUUCUCUGACUACUGCUUUACUGGAGGAGGAGAAGAUGCUCGAUUUGGAGUCGGCCAGGGUUGACAAGGCGGUACAGGAGUUGAAGACCAAAAACAAGAUUUUUCAGAAGAAACUUGACAGGGUUGCUUACAGAGAUUAG